CCAUUUUAUUCUCGUUUCAGCGUUUUGUUAUUCUUGCUUGCUUUUCCUUAUUAGUUUGGUUUUCCUUUAUUGAAAGUUAAGCUAGUUAAAAGAACUACUCUAUAUAUGGGUUAUUUUCGAAUAAGAGAAGUAGAAGAAGAAAAACUCAUAUUUAGUUCUCUUUAUCUUUCAGUUCGUUUGAUUAUCCCCAUGCCAAUGCAUCAAUUGGUGUUUGAACUUGAUUUGACGGAGCUAAGCUCUUAACCACUCCCUAGGCCACACAAAAAGGAAGACUUUGAAGCAGCAUAGGACCUCUCGCACGCUACAUUGCCCGAGGAGCCCUGAACGCCGCCGACACUGUCCGCCACAGUGGAAGGAGGCGCAGAUGACCUCCCGACUCUGCCCAUAAGCAACUUGAUGGGGAGGUCUCCCUGUUUGUCCUAACAGAGUUCUCUCACCCGGAAACCGUGAGAUUUUUCAUUUCAAGUACAACACGAAGAACUUGUAGCUCUGGAUGAAGCAGCUAGGGCCGUUCACGAUUGAUUGGCAGCACCUAAAGUUAGGAUUCCCAAAUGAGGAACGAUGGGUAUAAUUGAAAGGCAUCAGGAAGACUGUCAUGAAGGAUGAGCACUUGCAAUGACCCAACCACACAACGUAUCGAUGUGGGCUAUAUGACUACCUGAUCAAGAAGCCACUGUGAAAGACGCCACCCGAACUUCAAGGGCUUUCAAACUUGUUCGCUGACUUGUUUGAAAACCCCACUAGCCUACCCCCACGUCGACCGGUCGAUCACCACAUUUCGCAAAAGGAAGGGAUCGCGGCUGAAAUGUCCAACUGUAUCUUUAUGCAUAUUUCGAAAGGAGGAGAUCAAACGCUGGGUAGGAGGAUCCUGCGAACGAGGCUCAUACGACUGAGCUCAAGUCCAUUAUCGACCUCUUCCCACCUUGUCAAGGAUAAGGAUGGUAUCUGGUGUUUUACACAAAUUUUUGAGCCCUAAAUAACGCGACGGUCAAGGAAAGAUUCCCCUUAUCGAUGGUGGGAUGAUAUGCUCGAUGAACUCCAUGGUGCCAUGUAUUUCACCAUGCUCGAUCUGCAUGCUGAGAAUCUCCAUAUUUGGGUGAGUGAGGAAGACAUACCCAAGAUGGCCUUCCGAAAUCAUAACGGAGAUUUUUUUACCUCUCAUGUGUAAGUAUGUUUUGGGUUUUUUUGUGAUAUACUUAUUUGCAUUAAAGAUUUGGGGAACCCAAUUCUAGCACCUCCAAGAAGUUUUGGACUUAUUUUUCCGACAUCAGUACUACCUCAAACAGUCAAACUGCGAGUUUGGUGUCCAAUGGAUUAAGUCUUUGGGUCACAACAUCUCGCUAGAUAGGGUAUAGGUCGACAAUUCGAAGAUCUGAAAAAUGGUUGUGUGGCCACGACCCAAGAAAAUAAUCGAGCUGAGAGGGUUUAUGGGUCUAAUGGGGUAUUAUUGCAAGUUCGUACAACACUACACUACGAGUGCACGAUCAUUAACUCUUUUUGUUGAAAAAAAGGGAACUUUGGCCUGACGGUAGAGGCCGAGCAAGCUAUUAAACAUCUCAAAUGUGCCAUGACAUCCACACCAACUCUAGUGAUGCUCGACUUUGAGGAGCCAUUCAUAAUCGAACUCGAUGCUUCAGACAAGUGGAUCGGGGUGGUCCUUUCACAACGAGGGCACCCUGUCACCUAUGUGAGCCACCUCAUUGGACCCACCAAGGAAGGUUGGUCGACGUACCAGAAGGAGAUGCCAGCUAUCGUCAUGGCCAACCUUCCACAUCUAUAUCGAUGAGCAGAGCUUAUGUCACAUGUUGGAGCGGUGGAUAACCAAGCCUAAUCAACAUAAGUGGGUGGCCACAUUAAUGACUACGAUUUCAAGGUUCAUUACAAGCCAUGUUUAACCAACAAGGAGGUGGAUGGACUAUGAGUGUUUUGCAUGGAGCGAACCUCGAGGGGCUCAAAACUCCGGAGGUGAGCUUUUGGGACGAGGUGCUCGAGCGAUGUCAUCAGCAAUCCAUAUUUACGAGAAAUGCACGAUAAGGCAAUGUCGUUUGAGUUAAGAGAUUAUGAGUUAAAAAAACAAGGGUUGGUAUUCUUCAAGAAUCGGUUGAUGCUCCCUCCCAGUUCGUCCCUCGUUACCACUAUUGUAACAUCCCAUUUCGGCUAAACCCAUAUUUCGUUCUCUAGAAAAUUUCACGAUUUAAAAUCGAGCAUUUCGACACUAUUUCGGCGAAAAUCGGAUUAUCGAUCGAUCGGAUAAGUAUACGUAUUAACUAAUUAAUUAAUUAAUUAAUU